AUGGAAGACUCAGCUAGUUCAGCAACCCAGACGCAAUUACCCAUCACACGUGUUAGGAAAAUAUUUAGACUUGGUUCGAACUGCACGACCAUUUCAGUUAAGGCCGUACAACUUCUCACUCUUGCUGCGGAACGUUUCACUGGAUUGCUGGCAAAAGCAGCUUAUGGGCAAGCGGUUUUUGACAAACGAAAAACUCUUCAGCUAAGAGAUCUUGAAUUUUGUAUAAAGAAUUACGAACUGUUUAAUUUUCUGGAUGGUGCAUUGGAUGGAUGGCCGGAAGUUAACGGGGGAAAACACGGUCUUGGUAAUGGAUCAAGCGUUACUGUGACUGCAAAAAGGUCAGAGGGAAUUGUUGCUCUUGAUGGAGAUGAAGAACAAGAAGACUUCAGUGUUGAUGCUAAUAGCUUCUUAAGUGAUGAGAUAUUUGGUUUCGACGAGUCAUCAGAAAGAACCGAGCCAUUUGAUGGCCAGAUUGCUGAAAUGGAUAAUGUUGUAACUACCAAGAAUACAGAAAUCGUUAAGGAUAUUGUUCGAGAAGUCUAA